GAAACGGAGAAAUGAAAAAAGGAAUUUCAAAAAAACUAAAUCAUACCAGACCGGUUUUCCUGUUUAUUCGUUUUGUGGUUCAAACGAAAAAAUAAACUAUCAAAACGUACACGGAGCUGUGUUUCAUUAUGUGAUGCAGGGCAGUAUUGCUAUCGCUGAGGAUCCAAACCCGGCAAGCCUGCAGCAGGAUGACAGAGUGUGCCUUGCUUCGCGGCUGCAGGCAGAGAUGGCGUCCUGAUGCCGGUGAAUAAGCAGAAAACAGAGCAGAGGGAGGGGAAAGAGAUGCGGGCAGCGGAAGAUGACAAGCUGUAUCAUUUAGAGCAUCACAUGGCAUGUAGAGGACUUUCUCUGCUGAUGAUGACAGCGCCUUGAGAACAUUUAAGGCUCUUUAUAGUUCUUUUUUAGGCUGCAUGAGAUUUGAAGCAUCAGUGUGAUUCCUCGGAGCGGAGGAGGUGGGGGAUUCUCCCUCCGGCGGCAUUUGACGCAGGGAGAAGAAGGCAGAGGGAGAGAGGGGCGAUGGCUGCCGGUGGAGCUGGAUGCGGGGACACGGUGGAGCAGUGCCGGGCCGAGGUGGAGCGCUUGACCCGGGAGCUGGCGGAGGCCAACCGCGAGAAGAUCCGGGCAGCGGAGUGCGGGCUGGUGGUUUUGGAGGAGAACCAGAGCCUGAAGCAGCAGUACGCCGAUUUGGAGGCCGAACAGGAGGCGCUGAGACUGGAGCUGGAUCAGCUGCAGGAGGCAUUUGGCCAGGCCUACUCCACACAGCGUAAGGUGGCAGAAGAUGGGGAGACCAAUGAGGAGACACUGCUGCAGGAGUCUGCCACUAAGGAGGCCUACUACAUGGGCCGCCUCCUGGAGCUUCAGUCGGAGCUGAAGCAAAGCCGGUCAACUGCCUCUAACGCUCAGGCUGACAAUGAACACCUGGGCGCACUGCUGCAGGAGCUGAGGGAGAGUAAUGAGAUGUUGGAGCUGCAGCGCAGCCGGAUGCGAGAGGAGAUCAGGGAGUACAAGUUUCGAGAGUCACGGCUGCUCCAGGAUUACACCGAGCUGGAGGAAGAAAACAUCUCUCUGCAGAAACUUGUGUCAACACUCAAACAAAAUCAGGUGGAAUAUGAAGGCCUGAAGCAUGAGAUCAAGGUUCUUGAGGAGGAGUCAGAGCUCCUAAACAGCCAGUUACAGGAUGCACUGCGUUUGAAGGACAUCUCAGACUCCCAGCUCGAGGAGGCACUGGAGUCUCUGAAGAGCGAGCGUGAGCAGAAGAACCACCUGCGCAGGGAGCUGGUCCACCACCUCAGCAUGUGUGAUGUCGCCUACACUGGUAGUGCCCACCUGACAUUCACCUCAGCCCCACCUAGUGGAAACGCCACCCCAACCACUCUGCUCUCCCCAAACGUAGAAGAGUCAUCAAGGUGUAACGGCCACCUCCAGGGGGGCACUGGAGCAGGGACAGCUGCAGGGUCAGUGCUCAGGGCUAAUGGAGAGUGCAGAGAGCCAGGUCGGAAAGCUGAGGGACAGAUGACAUCAGACCUCUUCAGUGAGCUGAAUCUGACAGAGAUUAAGAAGCUCAAGCAGCUGCUGGUAACGGUUGAACGUGAGAAAGGAGCACUGAUGACCAGCCUGCAGCAGUCCCAGACUCAGCUCCAACACACCCAGGGGGCACUGACCAAGCAGCAUGAGAAGGUCCUCCGCCUUAGCCAGAAAGUCAUUGCCCUCCGCCGCCUCCAUCCACAGGCCAGUGGCAUGGUCCACCUAAACCAGGAAGCACAUGCCAGUGCCACCUCUCAUCUUAAUCCUGAGGCCCUGAUGGAGCUGGACAAGGAUGAAGAGGAGGUUGAAGAGGAUGGAAGAACUGUGGAGGACAAGAGUGAGACACUAAACAAAGGACAAUUAUUUUCACACCAGACGCCAGGUCUGGAGAUCUUGCAGUGCAAGUACCGUGUGGCUGUGACAGAGGUGGUGGAGCUUAAGGCAGAGGUGAAAGCCCUCCAUGACAGACUGGCUCAGUGUGUAGAGGGAGAAAUGGAGGAAAAGCCAAGGCGAAACGGUCAGCUCCAGAAGCUGGAGAGGCAGGUCGCCUCAUUGGAGAAGAGCUGGCGAGAGGGACAGGAUAAGAUUUCUAGCAUGGAGUUGGAGUUGCAGGCAGCUCAAUCAGCAGCCAAUGAGAGCCAGGGGGCAUUGAAUGCAGCUCAAGAAGAGUUGGUGAUGCUGAGCGAGGAGCUUGCCCAUCUGUACCACCACGUCUGUCUAUGCAACAAUGAGUCCCCCAACCGUGUCAUGCUGGACUACUACAGACAAGGUAGAGGGCUCAGGGGCAUCAGUGCCAGUCUUAAAGCCAUGUCUUCAGACAACAGCAAAGUUCUACUCACGCCACGUCUUGCCAGGCGGCUAGCCGCUGUCGCUUCAACAACCUCAACUCCUGGGGAGUCUCAGAGCCCUUCAGAGUCUCCAUCCAAGGAGCUCUUAUCUGGGGAACUUCAGGUGCCAUCUGAGCAGAGCCUGCCACCCUGCACACCUCCAACCUGCUCACCCAGCAUCAGUGCCUCUUCUUCAUCAUCAUCAUCAUCAUCACUUGCCCUGGAGCCAGCUGGUGAACUGCGCAGGGAGCCCAUGAACAUCUACAACCUCAACGCCAUCAUCAGAGACCAGGUGAAGCACCUCCAGCGGGCAGUAGACAGGUCUCUGCAGCUGUCCAGACAGAGAGCUGCUGCCAGGGAACUGGCCCCUCUCCUGGACAAGGACAAAGAGAGCUGCAUGGAGGAGAUCCUGAAGCUCAAGUCUCUGCUCAGUACCAAGCGAGAGCAGAUAGCCACCCUCAGACUGGUGCUCAAGGCUAACAAACAGACGGCAGAGGGGGCUCUGGCCAACCUGAAGAGUAAGUAUGAUGCGGAGAAGUCCAUGGUGACUGACACCAUGAUGAAGCUGAGGAACGAGCUCAAGGCCCUGAAGGAGGAUGCCGCCACUUUCUCUUCUCUGCGGGCCAUGUUUGCGACCAGGUGUGACGAGUACAUGACACAGCUGGAUGAGAUGCAGAGGCAGCUGGCUGCAGCUGAGGAUGAGAAGAAGACUCUGAACUCCCUCCUACGAAUGGCAAUCCAGCAGAAACUGGCACUCACCCAGCGCCUGGAGGAUUUGGCCUUUGAUCAAGAGCAGACCCACCGCACCCGCAGGGGCAGGUUGACCCGCGGGAAGAUCAUCACCCCCAAAGUAAGUCCCCCGGCAUCGGCUUUGGCCUCCAACCUAACCCAAGGUUCCACUUUGGCCCCUGUCAGCCUCCCCCCUUCCGGCCUUACUAGUACUACAUCAGUUCUUCCUGAUGAUUCCACUGCGCCCCUUAGUCCAUCUGUGGUCAGUGCAGCUGCUGCAACUCUGGCCUCAGUUCUCACCUCCCCUUCGUCACACAUGCCUCCUCGCAGUCCAUCAUCUUUAGGAGUUGCCUCAUUGGCUGGUUCUCCAGCGAUAGACAGUCCCCCAUCUCUGGAGGCCCCCUCCUCUCCCUCGGCACGGACCCCACCCUCAACCCCUCUGAGGCUGGCUCAACACCAGUGGACCCUGGGGGUACGGACAUUUGUAGCUGACUCUCAGAGUUUCAGUGUCAACAUCUCCCCUGCUCUGCCCCGUGGCUCGGGCCUCUCCAGGCACUACACACCAGACUCUCAUACAUCUCCCUCAUCGACCACCACCACCAGGCCCAUCCAGCCAGGAUCUGCUCCCUCCUCUCCCUACAGGUCUUCUGUUCUGGGGCUCAGACGCUCCACAUGGAGCCCCUCACCCCGAACUCGACCAUUGUCCACCCUGACGCGCUCCUCUGUGCUCUACACUCCUUCAUCCUCCUCCCUAUAUUCCUCCUCCCCCUCCCCCUCCCCUUCGUCUUUCCACAGCAAUUCCUCUACAUACUACAGUUCCUCUCCUGCUUUUACCCCCUCUAGCUCUUACCUCACCUCUGGCACCUCCACUUCCUACAGUCACUCCACCCACUACACACCCCUUUACCCCAGAUACUACAGUUCUUACCAGCCUCGAAACUGAUCCCUUACUGUAAAUCCUUUACCAUAAGCCAUUUGAAGGCUUUUCCACAAGGCUCCUGCCUAAAAGACCCUAAAAGUGCAACUAGCAUCAUCUUUCUCUUUUCACCUUGUCGCCUGAGAGAGUGGUGGCUCACAGAGAGGAGGGCAGAGUGGUUUCCUGUUUCCCAGUUACUGUUUUCCUGUGCCUAAGCUUUGGCCAAUGGUUUCUGAAUGUUCAGUGACUUUCCUCAGGGAUUUGACAUAAGGAGCACAAGCGGCCCCAACUUACUUUUAUUCUGAGGCUGCCGAUUGGUCCAUAGGAGGAUGUUAAGAGACUUUUUAAUGAGAGUUUUUAGCAUUUAGGUUCUUCAGGUUGCAACCACAAAUGCAUGGAGUGAUUAAGACACAGACACUCAGACAUUGACUGGACACAUUGUGGACACUUUCAUACAUUCAAAUGAGGGUUAUGACAUUAAAUAUCAUCCUCUAUACUCAAUGUAAUGUCCACUCUAUUUUAAAUGGUAGUGAGUCUCAUACACUGUGUACACAAACACUGUAAACCACAUGUCAUAGGAAUAUCGCUGUUCAGUGCAAACAUUGUCCUUUGUUGAUGAGGUACUUGGAUGCUUAAGGGUUCAGUAUGACUCAAACAUAUUAAGUUGUGUGUGUUUAUUUCUGUUUUGGAUGGCCACACUCAAAGGGUGGGGCGAGAUGAAUGUUGUCCUAGAGAGGGACGAGAGAAGAUUAUCUCUCCUCAAAGGAAUUUGUGGUAUUGCAUUUAGUGAUGGUACCAUGGUUUAGAAAUUAGUGGGGUCCAGAAUUUUUGUUUCUUUUAAUAGUGCCUAAACACAACCAAAAGUAUACACUACAGUCACACAAACUAAUGAUAACACUGUAAUGAAAUACAUUCAAAGGGAACUGUUGGCAAAAAAUACUUUUAUGUCACCCUAUCCAUGCUACACACCUCUGUGAAGCUAGAAGGCUCAGCUAGAAUCUCAAACCAACCAUUUUUAUCCAUACCAAACACACAUCAACACCAAGCAUGUAAAUGAGCUUAUAUCACAACAACAUCUCUGUGAACAGUGCUGUUGUUGCCAUCUAGAUAUAACUUAUUUAGGGGUUGUACCAGAAGAGGUUUACAUGGUUUCAUUUUCAA